GUUCAAUUUAUCUAUCGAUUUGAAAGAUUGAUUGUUAAAUUUCAAGUGUCAAAAGGGCUAUUUUUUAUAACACUACCUCUCACUUUGUUUUAUAAAACAGAAAAUACUUAGAAGCAUAUCUUACUACAUGUACAGGGAAUUAUUUUAGGGAAUGGCCACGGAAGACGAGGAAGCCAUAGUAAAGCAUCACCACUGGCUUCCAAUCAUAUUAGCAAUUUACUUACCAGUGUCAUUCAUUAUCACAUACUCUAUAGCUGUAGGAAAUGAUCAUGUUAAACCCGGCUUCCCAUACAUCAGUGAUACGGGAACCAAACCACCAGAAAGCUGUGUAUUCGGUCAAUUAGUUAACAUGGGGGCUGUCUUAGGGGGAAUUAUAAUUUACAUAAGAUAUAAGCAAAUUUUGAAGCAGACAACAGUUGUGAAGACAUUAAAUCGUGCUUCAUUUUUUAUCGGAUUGUUAUCAAUAUUUGGUGUUAGUUUAGUUGGUAAUUUUGAGCAAACAAGUGUUGUUGUGGUACAUCUGAUCGGUGCGUUCCUAGCGUUCGCAGUAGGGUUUGUUUAUAUCAUUCUGCAGACGAUAAUAUCAUUUAAGUCUACAGAUCUUGAAAGACCUGGAAAUACACCUUUCAUCAGAAAGUUAAGAAUAGUGUUAUGUGUUGUAGACGCAAUUUUUCUUAUUUUGUUGGGGGUAGCACCACAAGUUGCACAUUCCAUGGGUCCCGGCCCGGGUAAAUCUAAAUUCCAGUGGUCUCCCGACGAUCCUGGCUAUGCAGAACAUCUGGUGGCGACGAUAUCAGAAUGGUUGGUCGCGUUUAUCACCGUGAUAUAUUUUGCCACGUUUUACGCUGAAUUUAGACAUUUCAAAUUAGAGGCACCGAAAGUAGUUUUAAAUGAAGUACAAACAAUGCAAACGUCUCCUCCUACGACAACAACAACAACGACAGCGUGAAAACAACAUUAACAACAACUAUAAUUACUAAACACUUUUUGUAAAUAUUUGACAAAACAGACAUUUUACCGACCUUGAAUAUGUGUCAUAGACAUAACAUAUCUACGAUUAUUCAUCUUUUUUUCACAUUUAUAAGAUACCCAUUAUCACGAUAUUAAUAAUUUCCAUAUUCUACAAAAACGAUUGCGUAAUCAGUAUAAUAACGAAUAUGAUACGAAUUGGAAUGUGUUACACAAAUUAGAAUAUUAUGCAAAUACUAAAAUCUGUUUUACUCUAGGUAAUAUUUAUAAAGAUAUAUCUAGUAUUCCAUUUGUAUUCUCAUAGUCUUGCAAUUGAAGAUAGUACAUUUGAUAAUGAAGAAAGAAAUGAAUAUUUUGUUUAAUUUGAACUUUAUGUCGAGGGCGACCAUCCGUAAAUUAGAAGCUACACAUCACUUCUUUCUCGAUUACGUUCAGGGAAUACGACAACUUACACGAUCUGAUAUGGUAAACGAAAUGUAUUGAUUCACUAUGAUUGAAACAUAUAGAUACUCAUGGUCAUUGUCUGAACAUGUAAUCGAAAAACAAAUUGUAAUAUAUUCUUGACAGAUACUGCUAGUAAAGUCUUUGACUCAAUGCUUCUAGAAAUUAUUAAAUCAAAUAUGUACCAGGAGUUCUGACCUUUUUAGCAUUAGAGAUGACGAACCCUAAUCAAUGUUCUUUAUCCAAUGUGAAAAAAUCUUAAAUUCAAAUGAGUCAAUCAAGUCAAAUUGCAUUAUCUAAACGAAAUAAAUUAUAGAGCGCUAAAUACUCUAUCUUAACCUUAAA